AUGGGUUAUGCCUCCGGUAGGUUGGGGAAGCUGAAGUCAUCACUACGAAGCAGCUCUUCUCAACUCGCCGAGGAAGAUACCAUCGUGAAAAUGGAAGAAGGACUUCUGAAUUCGCACGAUCUUGAAGGGCAAAGAGAAGAUGAAUUGUUGCAUUAUCGUCACUGGAAGGGGUUUGAUGAUCGGGCUCCGCAUAAACUCUCCGGGAGACGAUGUUGGAAAUAA